AUGAAUUCACGCUCAGACAACCCGCUGGAGGCUGGCGCUCCUGGCCAGGCCGCUAGCUCGCUUUCCUCCUCUGAUGGUGACACUGCUGAUGGUGACACUGCCUGCCCGUCGCAGCCAUCACCGCCGAAUAUCCCUAAAUCCCUUACUCUGCCGACCUCCACGCACGAGACCCUCGAUUCUGUCCCGACAAUCACACCGCCGCAAGCCAAUGAUAUGUCUACACAGCAUACUGUGCUUCUGAAUCAAGCAGACAGAGUUCGAGCAGAUCUGAGAGCAUACUUGACCGGCAAGUUUAUUGAGUUCGCAGACAAGCCUCGCGAGUAUAUCCUACCUACGUCGGACUUUCACGGACUCCUGGAGAACGAUGACUUUGAGUCUGACAGAAAACAGGCCGGGGUCAAAUUCUCAUAUAACUCCCACACGUCAACUCUCACCCUCUUUACCAUACAAGGAGCGAGAUAUACUUUCAUUAUCCAAUGGCUCACUACUAUAGCCCUAUCGAAAUUGAAUCCCUCAAUCGUGGGUAAACUCUACCUAGUGGGUAGCGGCGACGAAGUCUUCGAAAGCGAAUGGAAAUGGUCUACAAAGCAGCCAGAUCUAGCUAUUGCGUGGAACGAUAACGGACCCGGAUACGAACUACAUACUGUUAUUGAGGUUGGCGUUGCACAGCCUUACAAUAGUUUGCUCGACGUUCGGGAUAUGUACUUAAAGGGUACAUCCACAGUCUCUAGAUUCGUCUUGGUUAAUAUUACUACGGACCCCGAAUAUCGAAGCCCAAAGGGUUUUAAUAUCGACGAACUGGAUAACAUUCGGAAAGAGGAUUUCCAACUGGAUUCAAACCAAGGGCCACUUUGGUAUAAGGGUGUCCAGUGGAUAGGGAAAAGUACGCUUUUGUGGGAAGUCUGGGAGCGAGGUUCGAACAAUGGAAAGCCGAAGCGGGUUUUUUCCGUAACUAUCGAUCCCGAGGAUAACAAUACCGAACUCCCAUUCUUCGAGAUACCCGCCACAAUCGCAACAGGUACUAACACGGUGGUAAUUACGCCAACGGACAUUAAUACGCUUUUCGCUGAUCGGUUUAAACAUCUCAUCGUUCAAGAGGCCUACACACGGAUGUUAAGAUAUGUCAAGAAUGUGAAAGAAAGCCGACAGUAUACGGCGGAUUUGGCGAGACGGAAGGACGAGGUAGACGAGAAGAGAUCGAAAGCUAAUAAGGAGCGUACAGAGCGCUGUAGAAUUCGCUCGGAACGUCGAGAGAAGGCGGCGGAUUUGGAGGAAUAG